AUGGCCGCCGCUCUCCCGCAUCUCCUCGACCUGCAAGCCUACAACGUCGAUUCCACGACCGGCUUCAUCCCCUCAACCCCACCGCUACGUGCCCUGCCCGCCUACUUCGCCGCGUGGGAUGAGCUGGCCGCCCAGCUGCCGCAGCUGAUCAAUACGGGCGCCCUGCGCGCAAAAGUCGCUGGUCUCGAACUGCUCGACGCAUCGCGGCUGCACGGCACGGAAGAGCUGCGGCGUGGAUUUGUCGUGUUGGGGUUUUUGGUGCAUGGCUAUGUCUGGUGUGGUGAUGUUGAUGAUGGUGGCGGGCGGCAGGGCACUGCUGGCAAAGAGGGGGUGACGGUGCCGGCGCAGCUGGCGGAGCCGUAUCUGCUGGUCUGUAAGAGGUUGGGGCUGGAGGGGAGGGAGACCUUGAGUUAUGCGGGGUUGUGUAUGUGGAAUUGGGGGUUUAGGGCUGGGGAGACGGGGGAGAGGGAGGGGGUGCCGGAGUUGGAGGAGAUGGUGAGUUUGGUUACGUUUACGGGGACGCGGGACGAGGAGGUGUUUUAUCUGGUGCCAGUGUUGGUGGAGAUGGAGGGUGGGAAGUUGCCACGGAGGUUGGUGGAGGGGAUCGCCGCUGCGGUUGAGGGGGACUGGGGCUUGUUGUGUGAGGUGUUGGCGGAGGCGAGGGUGGCGUUGGAACGGAUGCAAGGGCACAUGAAGAAGCUGCAUGAGCAGUGUGAUCCCAUUUUGUUCUAUGGGCGGGUGAGGCCGUUCCUGGCAGGGGGUAAGGAGAGCGUAGGUGGGGGGUGGACGUUUGAGAUGGCCGACGGAAGCAGGGAAUGGAGGAGUUGCAUUGGAGGGAGUGCGGCACAAUGCAGCACUUUUCCUGCGAUUGAUCGCUUGUUGGGGGUCAAGCAUGAGUCGCGAGGGGAGGGGUUGUCGGUGUUUGAUGAGAUGAGGGAGUAUAUGUGUGGGUGCUACAGGGACUUCCUGAGUGCGCUAGAUGGGUUGCCGAGCGUGGGAGAUCUGGUGGAGAGCAGCGGAGAUGGAGAGCUCCUUGAGAGUUAUAAUGCUGUGCUCGAGGAGUUGGCCAGAUGGCGAUCGAAGCACAUCGGCGUGGUCACAACACAUAUCGUCAGUCAGGCGAGGAAGAACAUGAAGGAUACGGUACCGGCCGAGGAGGUUACGGAAGGGCUAAGCGUCAAGGAUGAAACCGAGCUUCAAGGAACCGGCGGUACUGCGUUGAUUCCAUUUCUGAAGGGAUCCAGGAAAGAUACGGAGGCAGCCAGAAAGGAACAUACCGAGGUGUCGGCGUCGGCACAUUUGUAG